UGUGGGUCGUGCAGUGAGGUGGGCAUGAUCCCAUCGACGAUUCCGAAGAAGACGCGGACAUGGACAUGGACUGCAUGUCCCUUCCACGGCGCAUCUCAUUCUCCACCUCUUGCGAGCGAGAUAAGCCGUUCAUCGCCCCGCGCCCCAUGCUCGCGACGCGGACGGCGAGGAGCUGCCCGCCGAUCAACGACCUAUUGACACCGGCGACCUUACCCGUAUCUCGCCCGUUCACGGCAGAGGCGGAGACGACGUCGUGUUUGUCGAUCGCGUCGUUAUUAUCGUCGCCGUCCUGCGACUUACCUGAGUCGUCUCCUACGCCCUCUUCGUAUGUUCAUGCGGUGUCUGCUUCGCCGCCGUCGAAUACGGCAGUGUCGUGUUAUUCGCCUGAACCAGCGCCGCCGACGAGAGUCAAACCUACCUCAUCGUUGUAUGCGUUGCUAAACCCUGUGGAUGAGCCCUAUGUCUCUCCUCAACCUCCUGCCAACGUCACACAUGCCGCACCAGCCGGAGAUAGCGCAGAUGGUCUGUUGUGCCUGUGGUGUCACUCGUGGAGGAAACCAAGCGCGAAGCUCUUGACGAAGUCAUUCUCGACGCCGAAGCGCUCAGUGUGGAGCCCACCGAGGAUGAGGUCCUUUCACGUUCUCCGAGACCUUCCUCACCUCUCGUACCCUUGACGCCAAGUCGACCCUCGACACCAGUUAGGCGCCCUACGUCUCCUCUGGAGCGUGCAUCCUCUCCUCUCAGCCAGCUGUCCUCCCCACGAUGUUCUCCGUCUGUCCUUCGUCGUCC